CCUGUUUUCCAUUCGGCUGUAAUGGCUGCGUGGCUGUCACGGAGAGCACUGUCAGGGAAAACCACCUGGCUGUUGUCUUCCAGCCCUGUUUAUAAGAGCCAUGUCUGCUGCAGGAAGGUGGGCAGAACGUCCUCUGCUCCUGGAGCCCUCUCUGCCCUGCAGGACAAGCCUCGGACUGUGGAGGACCUCCCUCAUGUCAGCUCGUUAGAGAUGCUUUACAGGAUGGUGUUUCAGGGCUACUACAACCGCCUGCAUGAGCUACAGCUCUAUGAGAAGAAGCUUUAUGGACCCAUAUACAAAAGCGGACUCAAGACGGUGUCAGUGAACACCCCUCAGCUGCUGGAGGAACUCAUGAGGAAGGAUGAGAAGUUUCCCUCCAGAGGAGACAUGUCUCUGUGGACGGAGUACAGAGAUAUGAGAGGAUUUGGCUACGGGCCGUUUACAGAGGAAGGAGAGCGCUGGUACAACCUUAGGGCGGUUCUCAACAAGCGCAUGCUUCAUCCAAGAGACUCUGCUCAGUACUCUGGGGUCAUCAAUGAGGUGGUUACAGAUUUCACAAAACGGAUCAAACAUCUGCGGCAUUGCAGCCCAACAGGAGAUCUUGUUACUGACAUGUCCAAUGAGCUGUAUCUCUUUUCACUAGAAGGUAUUGCCUCCAUACUAUUUGAGACAAGGCUCGGCUGUUUGGAAAAGGAAAUGCCUUCUGGUACCCAAGAAUUUAUUGACUCCAUCGCUAAGAUGUUUUCCAACAGUAUGGCUGUGGUGUUGAGUCCCAAGUGGAGCCGUGACCUGCUGCCAUUCUGGAAAAGCUACAUCGACGGCUGGGAGGGCAUCUUUACCUUUGCUAAAACUUUAAUAGAUAAAAAGAUGGAGGACAUCCAGCAGCGAGUGGACAAUAACGAGGAUGUGGAGGGUGAAUAUCUAACGUACCUCGUGUCAAACACCCAAAUGAGCACCAAGGACGUAUACGCCAGCAUCACCGAGCUUCUCUUAGCCGGAGUAGACACGACCUCCAAUACCCUUACAUGGGCUUUGUACCAGCUGUCCAGGAACCCAGAAAUCCAGGACAGGCUUCAUGAGGAAGUGUCCACGCUGGUACCUGCAGACCAAAUCCCCACGGCUGCAGAGGUCACCCGGAUGCCAUUUCUAAGGGCUGUGAUAAAAGAAACUCUCAGGAUGUACCCAGUGGUACCCAUGAAUUCAAGGAUCAUUACAGAAAAGCCCAUUUCCAUUGGUGGAUAUCAGUUUCCCAAAAAGACUUCUUUCACUUUGUGUCACUAUGCCAUCAGUCAUGAUGAAAACACAUUUCCUGAGUCGUUCAGAUUUAAGCCGGAGAGAUGGCUCCGUGACGGCCGUCAGAGGCCGAACCCCUUUGGCUCCAUCCCGUUCGGGUAUGGAGUUCGAGGCUGUGUAGGCCGGAGGAUCGCAGAACUGGAGAUGUAUUUAGUUUUGUUUCAGCUUAUUCGGCAGUUUGAAGUCAAACCAAACCCGACAACUGGAGAGUUGAAAAGCAUCAAUCGUACAGUUCUGGUUCCAGACAAACAACUGGACCUACACUUUGUGGACAGAGGAUGAAGAAACAGGAUCUUGAUGGACUCUUACAUGUUGGGCUGACAGAACUAUGUGCACAUUGCUUUUAUUACAGGAAUACAGCUUUAUAGUAAUGUGGCUGUAGAUCUUUAAUACAUGGAGACAUGCAGAACAGAACUAUUUUUCAUUUAGCAUUAGAACUCACUUAAACUAACUUUUUCUCUAAUAACUGUCCCAUAUAUGGAGCUCCUGUAGAUUCUACAUUGGUUCUUUCCAUCUCAUCAGUUACAAAUUUAUCUAAUGAGCUUUAAUUUUUAAGAAAAAAAAUACUAAAUUAUAGUUUGCACAC